AUGUUUCGACAUUCUGUAGAAACCCUAGGCUCUGAGCUCAUUUUAAAAUCACAGAUUUCAGUUGGCUAUUCGCAUUUCGUUCGAGCUCGUGUGGCCCCAGGAUCUACUUCGAUUCUGGAAACGGCAACCAACAUGCUUGAACCGCAUUCGGUGUUCUUUGACGCGUUAGAAUGGCAAUCUGGCACUCGAUUAAUCGGAUGUUGUAGUGAUCGCACAGGGGCGCGGCAAUGCCCUUUUGCCACCCCGGUGGAAGCAGGAGUACUACUGUGGCAAAGUGCCAGUUUUGAUUGUCCCGCCUAUACGGUAAAGAUCAGCUUUAUCUGCGAGAAUUUUGGUGUUGAAGAUGGCGAAUGUGGCCUCGACAGUGUGCGAUUACACCGGUUGUCGGACACCUUCCUUCUCGAGCCUUGUCAGAAAAACAUCUUAUCAUCCAUUUAA